AUGGCCGACAAAAUAAGCUCGUUCACGGAGUUCCUCGACUUCAUCUUGACCCCCUCGGCGCCAGUCAUCCUCAUCGGCGCCGCCAUCGUCCUCCUCUUCCCUAUUCUCCUGCACUACAUCCUGAUAAAGUCAACGCCCUACACGACCCUCCCCUCGGUUCUCCUCCUCGGCCCCGCCGGCGCAGGCAAGACGGCCCUCCUCACCCUCUUCGAGCGAGGCGACGCCCCCGCGACGACGCACACGAGCCAGCGUCCACAGACAGUUGAACUCACGGCCUCGCGCGACAGCAAGACGGCGCAGAGUUUCCGCAACCACGAGGACACGAGCGGCACCCACACAAAGUUUCUCCUCGUCGAUACCCCCGGCCACGGCAAGCUGCGCAACUACGCCCUCGGCAAGCUCGCCAGCAUCACCAGCGGCGGCAGCAAGUCCUCCAAGCUCAAGGCAAUCGUCUUCAUGGUCGACGCCGCCGCCAUUGGGGAGAACGAGGCACUCGCGCCCACUGCCAGUUACUUGUACGAGGUUCUUCUGGGCCUGCAGAAGCGCGCCGCGUCGAGCAAGUCGUCCAAGCCUCCCCCGCCCAUCCCCGUUCUCGUCGCCGCCAACAAGACGGAUCUGUUCACCGCGCUGCCUGGCGCGCUGGUCAAGUCGAACCUCGAGGCGGAGAUUACGCGGAUACGGUCGUCGCGCAGCAAAGGUCUGCUGGAUUCCGGUGUCGGCAUCGACGAGGUCGGUUCCGAGGAGCACGACGAUUGGCUGGGCGCCUAUGGCACGGAAAAGUUCACUUUUGACCAGUUGCGCGAGUUCGAUGUGGAUGUGGACGUCAUCGCAGGCAACGUUACGGGAAGCACAACGGGCCCCGAUAGGUGGUGGUCUUGGAUUGCCCAGCGGAUAUAA